AUGUACUUCACACCUUCGGCAAGAUACCCAAUCGGCCCGCCGCAGCUCCCCUUCCCGCACUUAUCACACUUGUCGCCUUGGGAUAAUCAUGCGGCGAACAACAGACAACGAAAUGCUGUUCCGACACCACAAGGACAGCAGGCUCAGCAAUAUCCAGUGCCGGUGCGCUGGACAGACACCCCGCAGCAACAGCAGCAGCAACAACAACCCCAGAAUGUGCCUGUCCAAGUGAGACAACAGGUCGAAGUCCGGGUUGCGCCUGGCGGAGCACAGCUGCAUCCUAACAACCCGGGAGCCGGUGCUCUCGCUGCGGCGGUAUGGCCUCACAUUUGGCUAUUGAUCAGGCUAGCAGCAUUUGUCUGGUGGUUCACGGCUGCCGACACCAGCUGGUCCCGCUGGAUCACUAUCAUUGCUCUUGCGACCGCGGUGUUCCUCCUCAACACUGGGCUGCUGAACGGAAUGGCCAACCAAGCUUGGGAUCCCUUCCGAAGGCACCUGGAGGGCCUCAUACCCCUUGCAGACCCGAAUCAGGCGCGGAACAGAGCUGCUAAUCCGCAGGUUCCUGCUGGCGCGCCGCAGCAGGACAAUAAUCACCCUGCUGGCCGGCAGCCGAACCCCGACCCGGCUCAAGUCGCCGCUAGACUGGUGGCACAGCGUAGAGAUGCCAAUGCCGGCUGGCUUAUGGAGCAGGUACGCCGCCUCGAGCGCGCCGGACUUCUAUUCCUCGCUAGCAUCGCUCCAGGAGUGGCAGAACGGCAUAUUGCGCAUCUAGAGGCCGAGGCGCGCGCAGCAAGAGAGGAGCAAGAGCGCAUUGAGAGGGAGGCGAGAGAGGCUAGAGAAGCUGCAGAGGCUGCGGCGGCCGAGGCGGCUGCGGCAGCAGCAAACCCUGAGGGUGCAGAGGGCAGCGAGGCAAAUGGCGAGGAAGCUGUGCCUACGGGAAACGAGGCACAGGACGGAGGCGAGAACGAGAGACCCGCUGCUCCCGAGCCUUUGAUUGCACUUUAA